AUGGCUGAAUCGACAUCAACAUUUUUUGAGGACAUGACUGAGCCAAUGUCUCCUGAGAUAUUCUCUGAUUGCGAAGAUAAAGAAGUAGAACCACAAAAUAUGAACGAAUCGAUGUCUAUAGACGGUGAAGAGCCAGAAUUGAUUCAUGGUAGUCUAGGAUGGCAGGGAACAAGUAUGAAUGAAAUUUUCGGAGGCCUGGAUAUUUUUUUUAAUGAGCAGCCACCAAUCCGUCGAUCCGAGAAUCAUGCAGUAUUAUUUGAAUUAACAAUUUCUCUUAGAAGGCCACCAAAACCGUUCCCAUCUCAAUUAGUUGAUCGAUGGUCCGAGCAUUUUGUGCGAAUGCCACACUCACCAAAGUGUUUUUAUACUACCCAAAAUAAUACUGACGAUCGCGAGGUCCAGACUAGAUGGGAAGUAAUUCAACAAGCAUUGCUACAAAAUUUUAUAUCCACUAUGCAUUUAGAAGCAGCAAUUUUAUCGUACAACAAUAAAUAUGUUUCUCAAUGGAAUUUCACUGCUUUACAUUCUUUUUUUGAAGAAAUAGAUGAAGAAGAAACUAAAAAAUUUUUUGAAAAAUUACUUCCUAAUAUAAUAAAUCUUGCUCUUCAAUUACCAUCACUUGUAACAGACUCAAUACCUUUAUUAAAAAAGCAUUCAAAUCAGUCAAUCAGUCUUAGUCAGCUUCAAGUUGCCUCAUUACUCGCAAAUGCCUUUUUAUGUACGUUCCCACGUCGAAAUGCUGUUACAGCGAAUUCAGAAUAUGCAUCAUAUCCUUACAUCAAUUUCAACGGAUUAUUUUCGGGUAACGCUAGAUAUCCCCGUAAAUUAUCAGUGAAGAUUGAAAAACUAAAGUGCAUAAUCCAUUAUUUUCGCCGAGUUACAGCCUCUCUAGAUCCAGUAGGAACGAUUACUAUUGAGCGACGAUCCGUUUCAAGAAAUAAUUGCCCAAAAUGGGAUAAAGUAAAGUGUCCAUUGCCUCUGUUGCACAUUAAUAGUGAAGGGACCAUUGAAGAUCAAGGUGCUGGACUUCUUCAAGUCGACUUUGCCAACAAAUUCCUAGGUGGGGGAGUAUUAAAUAGCGGUUGUGUUCAAGAAGAAAUUCGAUUUCUAAUCUGUCCUGAGCUUCUGGUAACGAUGUUAGUAACAGAAGUACUUGAUGAUACCGAAGCUGUUAUUGUCACUGGAGCUGAAAGAUACAGUAACUACACAGGUUACAGCGAUACUUUUGAAUGGGCGGGUGAUUAUGUUGACAAUACUCCUCGUGAUAGCAGUGGAAGGCGUAAAACUUCUAUUGUUGCCAUUGAUGCUUUAUAUUUUACUCAUGAAUAUCGACAAUAUCAAGGAAGGAGUAUUAUCCGCGAAUUGAAUAAGGCAUAUGUUGGAUUUAUCUCGAGUGAAAUGCCUAAUACCCAACCGUCUGGAAUAGCAACGGGUAAUUGGGGAUGUGGAGCAUUUCGAGGUGAUCCAUAUCUUAAAAGUUUAAUUCAACUAAUGGCUGCGGCAGUUAACCGACGACCAGUUGUUUACUUUACUUUUGGUGAUAAAAAACUCCGGGAUGAUGUCGCUAAAAUGUAUUGGCAUCUUAUAGAGUAUCAAGUCAACGUUGGUCAGCUAUUUACUUUACUUCAAUCGUAUGACAGUGAAGCUAAAAGACAUCAAAGUCUUUAUGAUUUUUUGCACAAGCGUGCUCAAGUAAAACCUAUUUUGAAAUACUUUUGUGCACGAUCGCCAACGUCGACUAAACCUCAAAGAAAUUCAAAAAAAGUAUCGCCCAAGAAAUAUGAUACAAACCCCACAAUAAUGAAUAAAAAAAAUAUAUGCAGUCAAAAAAAUAAAUCACAUGAAUUGACGAAAGAAGAAGAUAUACGAGAUAUACUAGAACAAGAUCAGGAUGAUAAUUCUACUGAGAAACAGAAUUCUAAAUAUGGUAAUAAAUUAAUUGAUGAAUAUUUCUCUGAAGAAGAAACUUCUAAACAAUUGGGAGAUAAAUUGAAAAAAGAAACUGGUGGUAAUAAAAAAUCAGUUUGGAGUUUUUCUGCUGAAAGAGAGACUCAAGACGAUAGAUCUCGAAUUGAAUCUGCAAGAAAAAGGCGAAUUAGUCUUGAAGAAUUUGACAAACAAUCUGGAAUUGUAUUUGAAAGUGAAAAUGAGUUGUUAAGGAAUGACAUUUUGACGUCUGAUUCCGAUUAUGAACCUCCAGAACCUGUUGAUAAACGAAAGAAUCAUACAACAAUUAGAGAAGUAAAUCGAAUUCCUGAGUCACUUGUUAAUAAACAAACAGACACUGGCAGUGAGUCAACUAACAUUAUAAAUAAUCCUCAAGUUAAUAAAUCUCCAAGUCCACAAAAAUCCGAAAAACAAUUAAAUCGUCGAAAGGGUGGACAAAGAACAAUUUAUGAUUUUUUUUCAAAGAUGUUUCUUGACAGCAGACAAUGGUAUUCUUUCAGAACUUUGUUUUUUUACAAGCUGAAAAAAUAA